CUCCUCAGUCCUCAGUCCUCACACAUGCGCCGAGACGCCCGCUCGCGUACGCGUGGUCUGACGUCACUCCGCUCCUCGAUAGUUUGGCCGUAAAAAUGAUAGCAGAAAGUGAUUCAGACGUUUAAUAUACACGACGCGAAACAACGGCCGGUGUGGUGACAGUAAAUUGGUCGGUGCCGACCCGAGUGCGACUUCUGUACCGGUAAUUGUGAUUGAUUUUGCGGCAUGGGUGAAGAAAACCAAGCCGGCGACGGAAAAGUUACGCUCAAACGAAAAAUAACACUAUUUAACGGUGUCGGAAUCAUUAUCGGCACUAUUAUUGGCUCCGGAAUUUUUGUUUCGCCGACUGGAGUCUUUAUUAACACACAAUCUGUGGGGGCUUCACUACUGAUAUGGCUCCUCUGCGGUCUGCUGUCGACGCUGGGCGCGCUGUGCUAUGCCGAGCUGGGCACCUCCAUCUCGCGCUCGGGCGGAGACUACGCGUACAUCUACACGGCGUUCGGACCCCUGCCAGCCUUCCUCAGGAUGUGGAUAGCGCUCCUCAUCAUCAGGCCCACGACGCAGGCGAUAGUUGCGCUGACGUUCGGCCAAUAUGUUGUCAAACCUUUCUUCCCUGACUGUGAGCCGCCACAAGACGCUGUCAAGCUAUUGGCUGCUGUGUGUUUAUGUAUUUUGACGGCGAUCAACUGCAUCAGCGUGAGAUGGACGAUGCGCAUCCAGGACGUGUUCACGUCGGCCAAGCUACUGGCCCUCGUCAUUAUCAUCAUCUCCGGCGUUUGCUACAUCAUCAUGGGUCACACGGAGAACCUGCAGCGGCCGUUCGAAGGUCAGUACAGCGCGGGCACCGUGGCGCUCGCCUUCUACAACGGCCUCUUCGCGUUCGGCGGCUGGAACUACCUCAACUUCGUCACAGAGGAGCUGCAGGAUCCUUACAAGAAUUUGCCCCGGGCGAUUUGGAUCGCUAUGCCGAUGGUGACGACAAUUUACGUGAUGGCCAACCUCGCCUACUUCGCAGUCGUCACCAAAGUCGAGAUGAACAACACGGCCAUUGCCGCGAUAUUCGGUGACCGUCUGUUCGGGUCGUGGAGCUGGGUGAUCCCGGUGUUCGUGGCGCUGUCGACGUUCGGCGGCGUGAACGGCGUGCUGUUCACGUCGGCGCGGCUGUUCGCGACGGGCGCGCAGGAGGGCCACAUGCCCGCCUUCUUCACGCUCUUCCACGUCACCAAGCAGACGCCGAUACCCUCGCUUAUAUUCACGUGCUUCUUCUCGCUGCUGAUGUGCACAACGAGCAACGUGUUCGACCUCAUCAACUACUUCUCGCAGAUCCUAUGGUUGUCGGUGGGGGCUUCCGUAGUCGGCAUGCUUUGGCUGCGGCGGACGAGGCCCAACAUGGCUCGCCCUAUCAAGGUCAACAUCGUUAUUCCCUUCGUAUUCCUCAUCGCCAUUGGCUGCCUGGUCAUCAUACCGGCCAUCACCAAGCCCAUGGACACGGCUAUCGGCCUGGCCAUUCUCUUGUCCGGCAUUCCAGUGUACUACGCCUGUGUGAAGUGGGAAAGCAAGCCGGAGUGUUACAACGCUCUCUCGGGAUGUGUACUGAGGUUUUUCCAGAAGUUGUGCUCGUGUAACUAUGUCGAGUCGUCGGAAAAGAUGUCGGGGUAGACUGUAUUUAUCGGCGCUUUGUAAAUGACUGUUUGUAGAUACUAAUUGUUUUGACUAAAUAAGUUAUUGUUUAAUAAUUUAUAUGAAAUUGUAUAUUCUUAUUCGUCUAUUUAUUGGAUUGGUUAUUUAGGUCCACAUGUUCAGGUCUGGAUUGAAUAUCAUCUAUCUUCUUAAAAUAUACGAAGUACGAAAAAGACAACCCAGAUCUGUGCGAGUAGGCCCUAGAAUUCUAUUUAUUCAAACGUGUAUCUGAUGUAUACCUAGAUCUACUGUUAUCCAAAGUUUACGCAGUAAGUUUACCUAUGUACACAGUAAAAGGUAUUCGUUUUACAACCUUUUGACAGUUUACAAUGUCGCAAGUUAUUAUAAUCUACACUAUACAGCUACUUACUUAUACAAUUUUAUGGUAAAAUAUUCGUGUUCGUAUACAAUUUGAAUUCUGGGAUAACAGUGUAUGAAGAAUGAAGUAUCCAUACCUUUAGAUACCUACUGGCUAUUCGUAUUCCUCAAGCUCUAAUCUCUAUGUCUUAUCUGGCCCCACCGUCCCCUGCUAACAUAACUAAGUUCCCAAAAAAUUAAACAGGUCUCAUUUAUACCCAUAUCCUGGUCCAAUGUUAUUUUAACUGUUGUAGGUAUAAAAAUCUAUGUGAAAGGAAGUGUUCUCAAGGAGCUUACUUAAAUAUUUAAAAUUACAUUUUUUAAAAUAAUAUUUUAUUAAAUUAAUUAAUAUUUAGUAAAUGUAAGAGUGGGAACAAGUUUUAUGGCUA